AUGGCCACCUCCCAACCCCCCCUCCGUUUCCAGUCCCAUCAGUCCCUAACCACCCGCCUUGUUCUGGCCACCCUCCUCGGUCGCGCCAUUCGCAUCGAUCAGAUCCGUCCCGACUCGCCUACAAAUCCAGGUCUCGCCCCUCAUGAGAUCUCCUUCCUCCGUCUUCUCGAAGCCGUGACCAAUGGAUCCCACAUUGAGAUCUCAUACACAGGCACAGUCCUUCUCUACAAACCAGGACUGAUCACAGGCUCUGCAUCUGGUAGUGGCGCCAAUGUCUCAGGCGUCUUGACACAUGAACUACCGGCAAACAAUACGAGGGGGAUCAGCUACUUCUUGCUUCCCCUAUGUCUACUGGCACCGUUCAGCAAGGCUAAGUUCAAUGUCAUGUUCACCGGGCCUGGUGUCAUCACCAGUUCGACUGAUAAAGGUGGCGAUAUGAGUGUCGACAGCGUUCGGACGGCAAUCUUGCCUUUGUACGCGCGAUUCGGGAUCGAGCGUGAUAUUGAACUACGGGUCCUCAAGCGUUCAAAUCCUGGAACUCGUGGGUUCGGAGGUGCGGGAGAAGUCCAGCUUCUGUUCGGUCACCAAGUCAGACUCCCUAAAACCCUCCAUCUUAUGAACCCCGGCCGGAUAAAGAAGAUCAGAGGAGUGGCAUACUCGACUGGGGUUAGUGGCAGCAACAAUGCCCGCAUGAUCGAGGCGACUCGUGGUGUUUUAAAUCAAUUUGCUGCUGAUAUCUAUAUUUUUUCCGACGUUGGAAGUGCAACGCUGGUGGCUGCUCCAGAAAAGAGUAACCCAUCAGCAAAGAAGAAGGUUGGUCUUGGAUUUGGUCUGUCACUUGUUGCAGAAAGCUCCACGGGGUGUCUCUACUCGGCUGAUGCGUCGAGCCCACCUGAAGGUGGUCAGCCUCCCGAGGACGUGGGCCGGAUGUGCGCAUUUCAACUACUAGAAAGUGUUGAAAGGGGCGGUUGCGUCAGCUUGGAAGCCGCAUCUACAGUCAUUACACUGAUGGCCAUGGGUUCGGAAGAUGUUGGCAGAAUCCAGGUGGGCAGGGAGGUAGUGGCCAACCCACAUAUUGUUCAAUUGGCAAGGGAUUUGAAUGAUUUUGGCACAGCAGGAUGGGGUAUCAGAGAUGCAGAUGGCGAAAAGGGAGAGGGUCAAUUGAUUGUCAGCGUGGUUGGGCGAGGCGUUGGCAAUGUUGGAAGGAAGCUCGGCUGAACGAGGCUAGCGGCGAAUCAAAGCAUGAGAAGAAAGAUGUUUUUUUCUUUCGUUGGAAACUUCUUUGGAAACUUCUUUGGAAACUUCUCAGGUAUGUCAACGACAUCAAGCCAUACGAAUCGCGUCUUGGAGACGGCGCAACCAACGACACAACUCCCAAAAACGUCCGUCACAUU